AUGACCUGGACCCUCAUCUCCGCCACUCCCUCCCCCUAUGCCAGGAAAGUCCGCAUAGCACUCCAACACAAACAGAUCCCCUUCACACUGCAGACAGAAGUCCCCUGGGACUCCACAACAGCGACACCGCAGUACAACCCUCUUGAAAAACUACCCAUCUUGAUCCUCGACGAUUGCACCGCGGUAUACGAGAGCCAUUAUAUCCUGGACUGGCUAGAGACGAAGCACCCCGAACAUCCAAUCCUUCCCGAUGAUGUCGACGGGAAGCUUUUCGCGAAGAAAAUAGAGGUUGUUUGUGAUGGGAUGUGUGAUGCCCUCGUCAUCGCCUUCUUCGAGAAGAUGAGGGAGAAGGAGAAGCAGAGUGAGCCUUGGAAAGCUAGACAAAUGCGCAAAGUAGAAGGCGGCCUCCGCCAACUAAACACCUGGGUCGAACAGAACUCGAACAGCAAAUUCAUGAUCGGCGACAGCCUGACCCUCGCAGAUUUAGCAGCGGGAAGUUUUCUCGGCUGGUUUAGUAUCAGAUACGCGGAUUACGAGUGGGCGAAGCAGUACCCAGAUCUGAAGAAAUAUCACGAUGGGCUGGAGGAAAUGGAGUUCUUCAAGAAUACCAGGCCGUCGCCGCAGACGAUGAAGGAUCAGAUCGUUUGA